AUGCCUAAUAAAAUAACCGUGGAGACCCAGAGUCAAAACUUUGGCAUUUUCAUGUUUGGGAGAAAGUCUGAUGUACCUUAUAUUGUUCUAGGGGCUCUCACUAUGAUACUUGCUUCAUUGGGAUCACCUAUCCAGACAUAUAUCUAUGGCAAAACAUUCUUAAAAUUAUCCAAAUUUCUCUUCCAUUCAUACAAUUCGCCUUCGGACUUUUUGAACGAAAUUAGAGUGCUUUGUGUAGGGAUUAUGGGAGUUGGGAUUGGCCGGAUGAUCUUGACGUGGAUCAGCAUUUAUGCCUGGCUUCAAGUCGGCGAGAAACAUCAAGCUCGAGCACGAAUGAUACUCCUUAAUCUGAUGAUUCACAAAGAGUUUGUAUGGUUCGACUCGAAGAUUAAUUUGAUGGGUACUAUAGCUCAGGUCAAUAGAAGCAUUGAGGAAAUCCGAGAUGGAGUUUCUGAAAAUGUGGCAAUGUUAGUGCAAGUAACGGCAUCUAUAAUUUUCCUCUUUAUCAACGCCAUGAUCUCUCUGUGGUCGUUGACAUUGGUGGUCAUGGUGUCUGCUCCUUUGAUGGCAAUAUGUGCAUACAUCUUUGGAAACAAGACAUUCAAGUCCCAGAAACUUGAGAAUGACUUCAGUAGUCAGGCUUCAAAGGUCUUGAAUUGGUCGUUUGUGAAUGGAGAUCUUGUGCGGUUGCUAAAUGGAAAGUACGUAGAUAUGGUCAAAUUCAAUAAGUUUGUUGACCUCUCCGCCAAAGCUUUCAAAGGCACUGCUCUCUCCAUCGCUGGAAACGGUUCAAUUCUCCGCUUACUUUCCAACUGUCUUUUCGUACAAGGAUUCUUGUUCGGAGCAUACAUGAUGCGAAUUGGAAAGCUUUCUAUUGAUCAACUUUUCACUGCGUUCAGUUCUUGCCUUCUCUUCGGAGGCCAACUAUCUGCCAUCGCAGUUAUCAUUGCACUCUUGAACAAAGCAAAGGCAGCAGCUUUCACUAUAGCAACUAGUGAAAUCUUGGAAAUUGAAGAUGUCAAACAAAAUGAUGAUUGUUUUGCAUCUUCUUACAAGGAUAAGUUUUCAGAUCAACAAUUGAAGCUUUACAACGUUUCAUUUCGAUACGAUUCUAGUACUCAUGAAGUAUUGAAGGACAUUAAUGCUACAUUCGAUGCCUCUGAAAUCAAUUUUAUCAUUGGCGAAUCUGGAUCGGGAAAAUCAACUUUAGUGCUGCUUCUCAUGAACUUUUACGCUCCCACAAAGGGUGAAAUCCUCAUAGGAGAUACUUCUACCCUUAUUCUUGAACCUCACAAACUUUUUGAAGUCAUAACCUUGGUAGAGACAAAUCCACUUGUUUUUGAUGAUCUGCUUUUAAGAAACUUACAGUUUAAUGACGAAUUCUUAUCUGAGCAAAGAGUAUUGGAAGCUUGCAAGUUUGCGAGAUUAGACAAAUUUAUUACUUCACAACCAGAAGGAAUUCAUACGAAAUUGAGUUCUUCAUCUUUGUCUGGUGGACAAAUUCAAAGAGUAGGGUUGGCCAGAGCUUGGUUAAAGGACUCCCCCAUAAUUAUCUUUGAUGAGAGUUUGAGUGCACUUGACAGCAAGUCACUGAAAGAAAUCGUUGACGAUAUUCGGAGUUGGAGACAAGGAAAAAUUACCAUUUUUAUCACUCAUAAAAAGCUGGAUAUAAAGAGCAAUGAUAAAGUUACCAUCCUUGAGAAAGGAAGAAUCGUUUUCCAGGGCUAUGGAGGCGAGAUGUCUAGUCAGGACUUCGAUCAAAAAACUUCUUUAAUUGAUUCCGACGAUGCGAGUGUCUUUUCUUAUUCAAGGGAAUCAAAGGUGAAAUCCAGGAUAUCAGACUACCUUCAUAAUCCACAUAUUCUUAAAGAUCUUGAAGAAAGGGGCCCGCACCAGGAGCAUGAACCACAGCUCUUGGGAAUCUUCGCCAUUGUACGUUUCUGUUUUGCAACCAUACAGUCGAAAAUUAUGAUUACUGUCGGACUUGUUCUUUCACUCUUUAGUGGAUUCUUUGUGCCUUUGAUCUCAUACUUCGUGUCCAAAUUGCUCUCAACUGCCAUCACAUCUUCCUACGCAAUUGAGGGAACCUCUAGGCUGAUGCUCAAAUUUUCAUUAGUCGUGAUUGGAAUUUCAAUUGUAGAUGCCGCUGUUUUCUUUUGUUCGCAAGUCGCUCUUGACUUUUCUCUGGAGAACUGGAUAGUCGAACUUCGAAAGAACACUAUGGCUCUAAUUGAUGAACAAGACAUGCUGUUCUUCAGAGGAGAAUCUCGGAAGCCCGCCGAGCUCACAGCACUCUUAAUGAAUGACUCCAGAGACCUUCGUGUCUUAAUUUCUGAAUUUUUGGCCUUGGUCAUACUGUUGAUGGCACUCACUAUUUUUGGAAUUGCGUGGUCGAUCGCCUCGGGGUGGAAACUUGCCUUAGUUGGAAUUGCCUUUGUGCCACUUACUUUAUUCAUCACCGUUGCAUAUGGGAUUGUACUCUCUCGAGUAGAAACUACUUAUAAAGAGAAGGUUGUUGAUGUAGAAAACUUUUCCCAUAAUGCCAUCUCAGGUAUUCGGACCGUUCGAGCAUUUGGACUUCAUGAGCGAGUUCAACAAGAGAUGGAAAAGAAACUUGACAAGUUAUGUAAAGUUGGAAAAGCCAGAGCGUUUUUCACAGGAUUCGGAGUGGCUCUUCUGGAAUUAUGUACAAGUUUGGCUACGGGAACUAUUCUCUAUUACGGUAUGACUUUGGUGGCUGCGAAAAAGUAUAACCAGAGCCAAUUGCUUGAAGUGCUCACUAUGCUAACGUUUACAUUGACCAGUGCUUCAUCUUUGAUGCAUAAGUUACCAGAAGUAGCCAGAGGUAAACGGUCUGGCCUGAGAUUAUUUUGGCUCUCAAAGUUGGAAAAGCUGUUCAUCGAGACGAAUGGUAGCCAAAUACCUCUACGCAGAGGGGGAUCACCGAUAAUCGCUUUUGAGAAGGUGGAUUUCUCUUUUCCAAAUAACGUUACGUCUAGCUACAAGCGAAUCCUUAGAAAUAUUUCGUUUGAUAUUAGAAGUGGAGAAACUGUUGCAAUUGUUGGGAAAUCAGGCUCUGGAAAAAGCACCAUAGUUCUGUUACUCGGUAGACUCUAUGAGCAAGACAGAGGUAUCAUUACCUAUUGCAAUAAAGCUAUCAGCGACCUAGAGGUAGAAUGGUACAGACGAGCAGUGGUGGUUGUUCCUCAGCAUCCCAGCUUUUUUGAAGGUUCAAUUUUGCAGAAUUUAACCUACGGAGUCAAGAAAAGUGCUGUAGACUCUAGUACAAUUUGGAAAUGCCUCGAAGAGUGUCAAAUCGCUGACUUCGUUCGAAAUCUUCCACACGGCCUAGAUGAAGUCAUAGGAGAAGGGAUGAAUGCCAAGGCUUCCACGGGACAGUUGCAGAGGUUGAGUAUCUGUCGAGGUUUGAUAAGAAACCCAGACGUUCUAAUUCUCGAUGAGUGUACAGCUAAUUUGGAUGAGACAAAUGGAAAUUUGAUCUUUAACCAAAUCAGAGCCAACAACUCAGCAUUGACAAUCAUAAUGGUCACCCAUGAUGUAAAUGUCAUGAAAAUAGCAUCACGAAUCAUGAUGUUAGAUAAGGGAACGAUAAUCGAAGAUGGAAUAUUCGAAGAACUUUACCAGAACAAAAGGUGUUUCUACAAUCUCAUUAAAUAA